AUGAAAACAUCAAAGAAACAAAGGCCGGCAUCCCAACACAACCAAUGCAACAUCAUCAUCAUCAUCUACAUCAUGUUCAUUCUCAUCUUCUCCUUCCUCGUUUUCCCCCUUUGCCAUGCAGCCAUCUUUGACAUAGUAAACCAAUGCUCUUACACCAUCUGGCCAGCUGCCAUCCCUGGCGGUGGCAGCAAACUCGAACCUGGACAAAACUGGACCAUCUUCGUCAACCCUGGGAUGGACGACGCUCGUAUCUGGGCCAGGACUGGCUGCACCUUCAACUCCUCAGGUUAUUGCCAGUGUGAGACAGGGGAUUGUGACGGCCUCUUGGAAUGCCAAACUUAUGGAUCAUCGCCCAACACCCUCGCCGAGUUUACUCUCAACGGAUUCAACAACCUCGACUUCAUCGAUGUCUCUCUCGUUGAGGGCUUCAACGUCCCCAUGGAAUUCAGUCCAAUUGCUGGUUGCAACCAUGUCAUUCAGUACUCCACGAACAUCACCGGACAGUGUCCAGAUGAAUUGAAGACCUCCGGGGGUUGCAACAAUCCGUGCACAGUGUUUAAGACUGACGAGUAUUGCUGUACAUCUGGAAAUUGCAAGCCCACAAACUACUCUAAUAUUUUCAAAGGACUCUGUCCGAAUGCUUAUAGCUACGUUAUGGAUGACGAGAGUAACACUUUUACUUGUAUUGGAGGGACUGAUUAUAAGGUUGUUUUCUGCCCUAAUAACAAUGAGACUAAAUCUAAUCCUCCACCUAGUUCUGCUGGCUCCGCCACCUUUGACAUCGUCAACAACUGCUCAUACACUGUUUGGGCUGCAGCUGUGCCCGGUGGUGGCCAGAAACUUGACAAUGGUCAAAGUUGGACUUUAGCAUUCCGGAAAGGCACCACCGGUGGCCGUGUUUGGGCGCGCACAGGCUGCAACUUUGACAACUCCGGCCAUGGCAGUUGUGAAACAGGUGACUGCAAUGGCCUCUUGGAAUGCCAAGCUUAUGGCAACCCACCAAACACUAUUGCUGAGUUUGCUCUAAACCAGUAUGGCAACUUGGAUUACAUCGAUAUCUCUUUAGUUGAUGGGUUUAACGUGCCAAUGGACUUCAGUCCGACCGGUGGAUGUGCUCGUGGGAUCCAAUGCUCGGCAGACAUCAAUGGGCAGUGUCCGACAGUGCUAAAGGCUACCGGUGGAUGUAACAACCCUUGUACCGUGUUCAAAACAAAUGAGUAUUGUUGUACCUCAGGUAGCAGCUGCCAAGCAACUGAUUAUUCCAAGUUUUUCAAGAAUCUAUGCCCAGAUGCUUAUAGCUACCCUACGGAUACUAGUACCUUUACUUGCCCUGCUGGGACUAAUUAUAAGGUUGUCUUCUGCCCAUGAAUUCGGAUGUGAGAUCAUCUAGUGUCCAUGCUUAUUGCAUGAUAUAUAUGUAUGUAUAAUUAAGAAGUGGAGUCAGGCAGUCUUGUAUUGGAUUCUUCUUGAUAAUUAAUUGGGUCACUGUAGCCUCUGUUACGAGAGAUUGAAUAGGAACCAAAAGGCUUUUAUUAGCCCCCUUUUAUUUAACUAAUUAAU